CGACCAAGUACAAUGUGCGACCGGAUCAGCUCGAGAAGAAACAGCCCCAUGUAGUGCCUCCAUGGUAGACGCCGCCAUCAGUCAGCAUAGCCAAGUCGGCGGAAGAAGCAAUAAAACAACAUGAAAUGGUGGCUACUGGAACAAUCCGGCUCUACACUGAUGGAAGCGGCAUCAACGGCCAUGUAGGGGCGGCUACCAUUGCUCUUGAGCUACCAACAGCAAACGUCAAUAAAGAGAGCUCUGAAUACAUGCGGACAGCAAGUGCUUCAACAGUAUACGCUGCUGAACUUAAGGGCCUGGUGUUGGCACUGCAGGUAAUCCGAGGCCUACAAGGUGCAGGAGUUACAGCUAGUGAUUGCACUAUAUUCACAGACAACCAAGCUGCCUUACAGGCAAUGCAGAACCCAAAAUGCCCCUCUGGACAGCACAUCCUGAUAGAGGUGAUUAGACAAUUAGAUUGUCUCCGACGGCUAGGAUGGCGAAUCAAAUAUUCGUGGAUUCCAGCCGACGCCGGAGUGCCAGGAAAUGAGGUGGCGGACGAAGCUGCCAAAGCGUCGGCCGGUUUCAAUCCACCUACACGCAGACACGAGGCACCGCCAGAACCGGAGAGGCUGAGCAUCCUAAUAGCGACCACGAAGGCGACCAUUCGCAAGACAAUGAAAACUGAGUGGGAGUCAGAAUAGGCUGCAGACAAGCAUGGCAGAGCGCUAUUCAGCC